AUGGGAAAUGCGCCUUCCUCAGUUUACAUAUCUUCGAUUUCAUCGGAGAGAAGUAGUAAAACAAAUCAAACUAGCUAUAAUGCAAAAUUAUCAAGCAAUAAAAGUAGUAUAGAAAAAAAAAAAAAUAAAAUAAAAAGUGAAAUAAGUGAGAGUAUGGUGUUAAAAAAUUAUAUAAAUAAAAACAAUAUUGAAUUGUUAAAAACAAAAAAUCGAGUAAAAAGAUAUAUUCCAAGUAAAUGUCUAUUAAGAAAUUGUAUUUAUUGGGUAAAUCAUAAAAUAAAUAAUAAAAUAUAUUCAUUAAUGUUGGAAUUAAAAAAUGACCCACAAUGUAAAAUUGUAGUUAUUAGUGAAAAAGGUAAUAUUAUAAAAGACAUAUUAAUCAAAGAUAUUGAAAUGAUUGAAAGUUCCAUUGAUACAAUAGAUAUUUUUUUAAAAAUAAAUGAAGAAUAUACAAAUCAAAAAAAAUUUUGUUUAUGUAGUUUUACAUUUAAAAAUAAUAAUGAUAAACCAUUGUUUAUUCACAAUAUAAAAAACAUGUACGGUUUAGACGUCUUAGAAUAUGGUACCAUCAAAUAUAAUAAAAUAAAUACUCAAGAAAUAGAAGAAAAGUAUAUAUAUGAAAAUAAUGUUUUAAAUAUGGAAGAUAAUAAUAGCAAUUCUCAGGUUAUAUUUGAAAACAUGAAUAAUGAAUUGUUUGAAAAAAAUAUAGACAUAAAUAAAGUAAAUGAAAUUAUAAAUACGGCAUUAGAAUUAGGAGAAGUACAUAAUCCAAUUAUUAUCUUAGGAGAUAUGCAGGAUGGUGAUAUUAUAAAAGUAAAGGAAUUAAACGCUUUAGAUAUUGAUGUUAGUAAAAAGAAAAAAAACUUACAUUCAGAUGGUUUUACACUUAUCGAAUGGUUUUUAUCAAAACAUAUAGGGUCUAAUAAUAAAUUUAGAAAAGAAUCUGUUCAUAAUGGAAAUAACUUAUUAUUAAAAUCAUAUAUGAUAGGUUAUUUUAUAAAAGUGAAAGUUUCAAAAAAUAUUUAUAUUAAUAAUAAAAAAACUUUUGUUACAUCAAUAAAUGUAAAAGGUCCUGUAACAAUUAAUGAUAAUAUAGCAAAACUAGUUUUAAAACAUUUAACAAAUGUUAAUGAAUUUAUUCAAAUUUAUUUAUCUUCUUCUGAUAUAUAUAAUAUUUUCUUUUCAUAUAUAGAUCCUAAAAUUCACACUUUAGGGUUAUUUAUUUUUUACCCAGCAUAUUUAUUUAUUAUGCGAUCGGGUUUACGGUUUGCAAUUACAUUAAACAAUAAAAGUUAUUCAGUAGAUUUUUUAUGGAAUUCAUUUUAUUUGACAAAGAAAGAUAUAUUAUUUGACAAGCCAUCAAAUUUUAUCCCUACCUAUAUGGAUAUGUCAGACAUUCAUUUGUAUUUCAUAACGAAAAAGUCAAACGGGGAAAAUAUAAAAUCCAUAAUAAGAACAAACUCACCAGACGAACGAGAUAUUAUUUAUGCAACUAUUUUCUUUUGUAAAUAUCAAAAAGGAUAUGUGUCUAUAGAUCAAUUAGUGCGAGAUUCUUUAGUUGGGUCUUUUACCCAUCUAAAAAAAAAAUUUCAAGACAUAUUUAUAAAUUUAAAGGGAGUUGAUAUUAAAAAAAUAGAGUCAUACAAUAAGCAGCGUGAAAAAAAUUGA